UUUGUUUACAUCCGCGCGCACCGAAAAGGACUCGCCGUUAAAAAGGAUGUGCAGCAUCGUUGAGGACGAUUUCGGUGACGAUGGAGGAGUGCACGCGAUGAAGGAAGAUACGCCCCAGCCGCAACUGGUCGAGAAUGAGCUGUGCCGCAAGUGUAACGUGGAGCAGGCCGUGCUGAAGUUGGACCACAAGGAACCGCAGUGCCGCAUGUGCUUUCUCAACUACGUCCGCCACAAGUUCCGCGCUUCGCUGGGCUCGUCCAAGAUCGUCCGCCGUGGUUCACGUGUCCUUAUCAUCCUGACCGGGACCCCGGAAAAUGUAGCUCUGCUGGACAUGGUUCGGUUCGGGUUGGAGCAGGAUGCGUUCAAGCAGCUGCGUAUCGAACCCGUCCUGAUGUUCGUUGACGACGAUUUCCUGAGCAAAACGGCCCCGGAACGGAAGGAGAAACUGGCCAUCUUGCAGGACAUAUUGAGGCAGUUCAAUUUCCCAGCUCACUACACUGUUAGCGGCAGCACAAAGGUGAUGGAAUUCCCAUUCGACAGUGCUUUUACGCCACCGGAAUCGUUCGCGCUGGAUGAGACUCGAUUGAAGGAAAUCAUCAACGGCACACGAUCCGUAACAUCGAAGCAAGAUCUGCUGGAACAGGUCCGCAAGCAGACGUACCAGGCGGUUGCACGAUCGCUAAACUGCAACUACGUGUUUCUGUCGGACAUCGGAAUCGAUCUGGCCAAAACGCUGCUCUCUCACGUGGCCCUGGGCAGAGGCUGUUCCAUCGCACAGGAUGUAGCCUUUUGCGACGAUCGGUACGGUACGGUUAAGCUUAUCCGGCCCAUUCGUGAUCUGAAUCCGGACGAAAUCACGCACUAUCUGAAGUUGGCCGAAAAGCAGCACAACACAAUCCCACGGGUGGACCAUUUUGCGGACAGACCCAGUUUACAAAACCUCACGGCCAAGUUUAUCGACCAUUUGCAGGGAAGCUUUCCUUCCACCGUUUCCACCAUCUAUCGCACCGGAGAUAAGCUGGAUGCCGUUCAACCGACCAACACAAGCCUACCAGAAGCAUCCACUAAGGUGGACAUUCUUGGUCUUUUGGAAAAGAAGAAACCACCCACUCCUUUGGAUGGCGGCCAUCCGGAGCAGUGUGUUUUCUGUGGAGCUGUGCUCGAUUAUCGAGGAUCGAAAACGCUGUAUGCAACCGAAUACUCGCGGUUGGUUUCUUCGCGGGUAAAUGCGUCCUGUAGCCACGAGGACAUCCUCGUUAAAUCGAAGCAAAUGGAGCUCGAUGCCGCGCGAAUGGUGAAUGGCGAGGACGAGGAUGAGUUGAGUAAACUCAAAAAGAACCUUUGCCACGGUUGUAGGAACAUUUUUGUGGACCAGGAGUAGUAGGAAAUGCAUGAAUGGGACUCAGUGAAACUGAAGAAAAUAAUAAAUAAUAUUGAAUUUUUAAACUCCAUUCAA